UCGAGGAUGCCAGUGUGCGUCACAUGGCUCGCUCUCAGCUAGCCUUCAUGCAGUUUGCCAUUAAUAUGUUUCCGUUGCUUCCAACCUUUCAAGUCUUACCCGUUUGAUGGUAGCUCACGCGCGAGCACACGGUUUCACGAAUUCAAACGCCACGCGGAUCAUCGGACCGUCAGCCCGGUUCGCUCCAGGAGCAUAACGUAGCAGCGGUUGCUUUGGAGGUUGUUCCCUACAAAGCUCUGUGUUCCAGUGGGCACAAGCUAACGUCCGUUUGUCAGGCCCGGACAGACAGCGGCGAGGAGGCCCCGAACCGCACUGGGAAACCGGGUGGAAAGCCAUGGCUAACAUCGCAGUUCAGAGGAUAAAACGGGAAUUCAAGGAGGUGCUCAAAAGCGAAGAGACCAGCAAAAACCAGAUUAAGGUGGAUCUGGUGGACGAGAACUUCACAGAACUUAAAGGAGAGAUAGCUGGGCCACCUGACACACCGUAUGAAGGGGGUAGAUACCAACUAGAAAUUAAAAUUCCAGAGACAUAUCCUUUCAAUCCACCCAAGGUACGGUUUAUCACAAAUAUCUGGCAUCCCAACAUCAGUUCAGUCACAGGUGCAAUAUGUUUGGACAUUCUCAAAGACCAGUGGGCGGCGGCCAUGACCCUGAGGACAGUCCUCUUGUCACUACAAGCUUUAUUGGCAGCUGCAGAGCCAGACGAUCCCCAGGAUGCAGUGGUAGCCAAUCAGUACAAGCAAAACCCAGAGAUGUUCAAACAGACAGCGAGGCUCUGGUCUCACUUCUACGCUGGCGCUCCCGUCUCCAGUCCGGAGUACACGCGUAAAAUAGAGGAACUCUGUGCCAUGGGCUUUGAAAGAAAUGCAGUAAUAGUGGCCUUGUCGUCAAAAUCUUGGGAUGUGGAGACGGCGACGGAGCUACUAAUCAGUAACUGAAUCUUGAUGACAACUUUGAAAUCUUCCUCAUUUGCCCCCUUCCUCACACGUUACCGCCAUCUCUUGGCAUCUAUUCCUGCGUCGCACCUUCUGUUUCACAGUGGACACUGCCCCACCCGCACUCCCCACUCUCCUCUGCUGUGUCACACACUCCAAUCAGUUGCUUGGCAAGUACGCAUUGCUGGCCCUCUUGAAGGUCAUUCAACUUUUCGGUGAACACUUAGGUCCCCGCCCCGCAACCCGGCUGCCACGUCUCUAACCCGAUACAAGUAUUUGUCACCUAUGCAGGCAUUCACAUUCAGUUUUGCAAAACCUUUUUCCGAAUAGAGUCAAACCAUUCAGACACUCUUGCACUCCCGGACUUCCAAGUAAACCAAAUGUCAUUUUAAAAUGUAGACGUUGACAACCCAUAUUCAAUAUGCCCCACUAAUGGCAAUUAGUGAGGUUAGCCUAUAUGUAAAUAAAUUCCACAAAUCCAAUCUCAUUGUCAGGACAAGAAGGCAGGAAUAUGUGGCAGUAAUAAUGACACAGACUUAAACAAGGAUGAUACCUUCUUUUAGAUACCACAUCGAUUCACUGCGCCUUCUGUGUCAUAAUCAUUUGACACGGUCUCAUACACAUCUGUGGCAGGUUUAUGUAAUUCCACCAAAACACAUUUACAGUGUAAUUACGCUCUUAUUUUCUUUGCUCUCUCAAACAGUCUGACAACCCCCCCCCCCCCCCCCCAAGCUGGUUCAUUACUUGAUUAAAAAAAAAUCACUUCUCACAACAUUUAAAACAAAAGAAGGAAGAAGAAGAAAAAAAAAAAGCUUUUUGUUUUUUUAAUUUGGUCUUGGCCUUUAACAGGAAUAUAUUUGGAUUCUUGUUUUUAAAAACCGAGAUGAAACUUGUCAACUGCAACCUCCAAAGUAAAAUAAAACGCGCAAGUAUUGCGUCACCUUGACAAUGCCAACGGAUUAAUGUCAAAAGAUUCAUCUGUAAAUAAAGAUUAAGUCUGUGUAAAUUAACAA